AUGGAAGGUGAAAAACAUCCUACCAAUGCUGAACUACCAACUAUCGUGGAAGUUACUCGAGAUCCACGAUAUGAAGUGACUUGGGACCCUGCCGAUUUCGAGAACCCCCGAACAUGGUCAGUAUGGUAUCGUGGAUUUAUUGUGGCUGCCAUGUCCUUCUCAACUACUAUUGUAGUGAUAAACACCACCAUGUACACAUCAGGUGUAGAGGGGAUAAGGAAUGAAUUCAAUAUGUCUUCCAAGUUAGUUGUUCUUCUUGGUCUUACGACAAACCUUUUUGGUUUGGCAAUAGGCUCGGUUAUUCUUUCCUCCUUGUCUGAGAUUUAUGGCCGGCGUCCUAUUUAUCUCCUUUCCGUUUUGCUAUUCGGGAUAUUGAUACUCCCUGUUGCUUUGGCAAAAAACAUUGAAGCCAUUUUGAUAAGUCGAUUUUUCAAUGGAUUUUUCGGUGGGACUAUGAUAGCCAGCGCGCCAGGCAGUGUUACCGAUGUGACAGACGAUCAGUACCGUGCACUGGCACUAAGCUGCUGGAGCCUAGGAACAAUGAAUGGACCUGUUCUUGGACCGAUUAUUGGUGGAUUUGUAUUCCAAUACCUUGGCUGGCGCUGGAUCAAUUGGCUCGUGUUGAUAUGCAGCGGGGUUUCAUUUUGUCUCAUAUUUCUGGUCAAGGAGACAUAUGCUCCAGCUCUACUCCGAAGAAAAACCAAACAGAGACAAAAAGCGACUGGAGACUGCAGAUGGUGGUGUCGCUUCGACCACGAGGAGACAGGUCUUCAAGUUUUGAAGAGCAAUUUGAUUCGACCCAUGCGCAUGUUGGUUUCUGAGCCAAUCUGCCUCUUUUGGAAUCUAUAUGUGGGAGUCGUAUACGCGGUUCUGUUCCUAUCCUUUGUUGCAUAUCCAAUUGUUUUCGAAGAACAUCGUGGCUGGACUGCAGGCUUAGCUGGGCUGAGCUACUGUGGUAUUGGUACAGGGACUGCAAUCUCUGUCGUUCUUGAACCUCUAAUAAGACGAAUCAUAAAUAUGCAUCCUCACGAUCAGACAACCGGUCGUCCAACCCCAGAAGCGGCGGUCAUUGCUGUCUGUAUUGGCAGCAUAUUGAUACCCAUUGGAGAGUUUUGGUUUUCUUGGACAGCAAAUCCAUCUGUGCACUGGAUUCUUCCUAUCUUGGCUGGCAUUCCCUUUGGGCUAGGAAACGGACUUGUUUUUAUCUAUGCAACAAAUUAUAUGGCAGGGAGCUACACUGUUUACGCUGCCUCUGCCCUGGCAGGAAACUCGAUUGUGAGAUAUGGAUUGGCCGGUGUCUUGCCUCUGGCCGGAGACAAACUGUAUAGCACCCUUGGGGCGAAUUGGGCGGGAACAAUGUUGGGGUUGAUCGAAGUUGUGCUAAUCCCGAUUCCGUUCAUUUUCUACAAAUUCGGUCACCACAUCAGGCUUCGCAGCCCAAUGAUCGUGAAAAGAGACAUACAUGUGUCAUAA